AUGGCCGAAUCCCAAAGUCCCCUCGUGGCCGUCAAGGUCGAGGCCCUGGUGGUGAUGAAAAUCAUCAAGCACUGCUCCCAGACCUUCCCGACGACCGCGACCGGUUCCCUCGUCGGCCUGGACAACGAGGGCCUCCUCGAGAUCACAAACUCUUUCCCGCUCCCCGUGGUCGAGACUCCCGUCGAGUCGCACUCCGAUAACGCCGCCCCCAACCCGGCUGCCUCUGCGCCCCGCACCAAGGCGAACGCUGUCUACCAGGCUGAGAUGAUCCGAAUGAUACGUGAGGUCAACAUCGAUGCAAACAACGUCGGCUGGUACACUAGCGCCAACAUGGGUAACUGGGUCAACAUGAACGUGAUCGAGAACCAAUACUUCUACCAGAAGGAAAUGAACGAGCGGACAGUCGCUCUUAUCCACGACGUUAGCCGCAGCGCCCAGGGUGCCCUUAGCCUGCGCGCUUUCCGCCUCUCGGCCAAGUUCAUGGAAGCGUUCAAGGAGAACAAGUUCAACUCCGAGGAGCUUCAAAAGUCCACCCUCCGCUACCAAGAUAUCUUCGAAGAGCUGCCCAUUGAGAUCCACAACUCGCACCUGAUCACCUCCCUCAUCCACCAGCUGCAGUGCCCCAGCGCUUCCGGGCCUACCGACCUUCCGCCCUCCCUCAGCGCUCUCGAGUCUAGCCCCUUCUCCAAGUCCUCCACUUUCACCCCCAACUUCGACAACCUGUCGCUCAGCGUCGACCCCUUCCUCGAGAAGAACUGCGACCUCCUGCUCGACAGCAUCGAGGCCCACAACACUGAGACCAACAACUACCAGUACUACCAGCGUGUGCUCGGCCGUGAGCAGCAGAAGAUCAACAACUGGAAGCAGAAGCGCAGCCAAGAGAACGCCACCCGGGCCGCGCUCAAGCAGCCCCUCCUCCCCGAGGACGAGUGGCAGCGUCUGUUCAAGCUCCCUGCCGAGCCCAGCCGGCUGGAGGCCAUGCUCAACACCCGCCAGGUGGAGCAGUUCUCUCGCCAGGUCGACAGCUUCGUCUCGUCGGCUACCGGCAAGAUGUUCGCUGUCAAGGGCAACAUGCUGCCCGGUGAGACUGCGAAUUAA